GCAGUUCCCUCCAACCUCAUUUCCAUUUCGAAGCUGGAAAUGGAGUGUGAGGAGACCAACGGUACUGAUUGGGACCAGAAUUUCACUGAAGAAGUCAUCCAAGCAAUGGACGCAGUUGAAGCCACUCUUCAUCCUUCCUCUUCUUCAUCUCCAUGUUCUCUCGUCAAGAAAUGCAAUUCCAUCGGCCAUCAAGAAAAGAACCCCGAAACCCGCCGCCAAUUACCUCAUUCCAUUGUCUCCCCACCACCUUCUUUUCCAUUUUCUUUAUCACGUCGUCAAGCUUAUUCAAAGAGUAGAUAUCCGGCAUUGAGAUUUGGAGGUCAAAUUUUGUAUAGCAGGACAAGAUCUGAGGUGGAAAAAGCUGCAAUGGAGCUCUUGAAAACUCUUAAAAUCAAGAAAAAAGAGACGGGUCAAGUUACUGUAGGGUUUGAUAUUGAGUGGAAACCCUCUUUCCAAAGAGGUAUUUUGCCUGGUAGGGCUGCAGUCAUGCAGAUAUGUUGUGACACUAGCUAUUGUUAUGUAAUGCAUAUUAUUCAUUCUGGAAUACCUCCAAGUCUGCGUUUUCUUCUUGAGGAUUCCACAGUUAUAAAAGUUGGAGUUGCAAUUGGUGGCGAUGCUGUCAAGGUGUUCAAUGAUUAUAAUGUAUCUGUUAAAGCUGUGGAAGAUCUUUCAUAUGUAGCGAAUCAAAAGCUCAAUAGAGAUUGCCAAAGUUGGGGUCUUGCAUCUCUCACUGAGACGCUUGUUUGCAAAGAGCUUCCAAAGCCCAGGACAAUUAGGCUGGGAAACUGGGAGUUAUAUCCUUUAUCCAAGGAGCAACUACAGUAUGCGGCAACAGAUGCUUUUGCUUCAUGGCACCUAUACCAGGUAUUAAAAAUCCUUCCAGAUGCAGUAAAGGAUCCCCUAGAUAAACGAAGUGAAGGCGUUCCAACAUUGUAAUAUUUGUAGCUUAGUUAGACAGCAUUUUUGUGCAUGACGUCCUUAUUAAGUAGAGGAUUUGGGCGGGCUUUGCCACCAUUCUAUUCUUCAUCAAGGCAUAGUUCUCUUAGUAUCUUAGAGGCCAAGAAACAAAGAGAUUCAGUGUUUUGCCUAUUGAGGAAAUCCUUGAUUUAUUUAGGUGCAGCUGUUGUAUAUUGAUUUAAUUUAUACAGCUUGAACUCGUGCUACGUUCCAUGGAUGAUGAGCAUCGUUCAGAAUCUAAAAUCUGCAUAUUCAGUGCAAUCUAAUUUAUGUUUA